ACGACGUAAACCUCACACGAUGACAACGCUGCUACGAAGCUAUCUCAUGUCCGAGUGUCGCCGGCUGAUGACUCGAUCGCUUCCUUCCGCCGCGCAAUCCGCGGGGGCGCCUCCGCGCAGUGGCAUCCACAUGUGUGUCGCGCGACGGGCGACCCCGCGCGGUGGCGCCCCCGCGCCGCGCGCCUACGUCUCCUGCCUCGACUGCAAGUGGCCGCCGGAGACGCGCGAGUGCUGGAAGUGCAAGCGCGUGACAGACCGCAUGCGCGAGAUGUUCUUCUGCACACCAUGCGACGUCGUACAGUCGCCCGACCCGGCCGCUAACUACUUCGACGUGAUGGGCAUCGCCGCGACCUUCGACAUCGACCUUGCGCAACUCCGCUCGCGCUACCGCGACCUCCAGACGAAGCUGCACCCGGACAAGUACGCGCAGAAGUCGGACACGGAGCGCGCUUACUCCGCGCUGCAGUCGACCGCCGUCAACAAGGCGUACUGGCGUCUCGCGGACCCGCUCAAGCGAGGACUAUACCUCCUCGAGCUCAACGGCAUGGGGUUCCGCGACGGAGAGGUGGAGGUGGACGAGGGGUUCCUGCUCGACGUGAUGGAGACGAAUGAGGCGAUGGCAGCGGCGGCGAGCGUCGAGGCGCUGGCGGCGAUCGGCGAGGAGAACGAGCGAGAGAUGGCGGCACUCGUGCGCGACGUGGCGGCGGCGUUCGCUGACGACGACGUGACGCGCGCUCGCUGGCUGCUCGCAUGCAUGAAGUACAGAGACAACAUCGGUGACAAGAUCAAGCAGAUCAGACAGGAACGAUUUGGCAUCGUGUGAACGCGCGCGCGGAUGGUA